CCCAUCAAUGCGCCGGCCUCCCGCGGACCACACGUCCCCUUUCGGACGCCUGGAGACCACCCCGGCAGACGCCGUCCCCGUGUACACGACCGCAUCAGGCUGCACGACGCGCGCAAUUUUGAACUCUCUGUCCACCUCACUGCACUUCUGCUCUACCAUGGCAUCCAGCUUCAUCGGAAAGCCUAUUUCUCUUAUUUCUCAUUCAGAUGUACGAUACCGGGGUAUCCUAGCGGGCAUCGACCCAGCCGCGUCGACCAUCCAGCUCUCCAACGUGUACUCGAUGGGGACAGAGUCGCGGCGAACAGUUCAUUCCGCCUGUGCAAGAGCCCUACCAUACAUCAUCUUUCGCGCUUCAGAAGUGAAGGAUCUCGCAGUCGAUGAACCAGGACCAAGGCGAAACGUUCACGAUGACCCGGCUGCCUCGGCACCGAUGCUGAACAAUGGAUUCUCCACUCCUUACCAGCAAACUUUCCCUCCCCAAUCCGCGGCUUCCCAACAAUCUCAACCCUCGCAGUCUGCAAGGCAACCACCAUAUCCUGUCCGGCAGCCAUCGGCGCAACCCUCUGCUCCACAGGCAAACGGUUCGUCACCUGGAGGGUCGUCUCCGCAGAGCGCGCAAGCGGCGGGCAGCCGUCCCACGCGGAACAAUUCGGUCCAUACUGCCACAGCAUCCCUGGAGACGGUCGAGCGUGCCCUCGGUGACCUACGCGUCUCUCAGGCUACCGCGAACGGCGCACCUGUACCGCGUUCCGGCGGCCGACGCGGUGGACGGGGACAGGGGGGCGACCUCCGCGUUCCCGCGACGGACUUUGACUUCCAGAGCUCGAAUGCGCGGUUCGACAAGUCCGCCAUCUCGCCGCGGGGGACACCGAAAACUGACGGGGGAGCUGAUGGGGAGAAGGACGAGAAGGAGAAGGCCGCUGAGGAGGAGGCCGCGUAUAACCCAAAGAGGUCGUUCUUCGACUCGUUAUCCUCGGGGAGCAACGGUCCUUCGGCGGAUGCAAGGGGCGGUGGACGUGGGGGCCGUAGGGGAGGCGGGAGGAAUAGGAGAGAGGAGGAGAGGGAAAGGAACGUUGCGACGUUUGGUGAGCCUGGUGGUGUGGGUCUUAUGGGCCCUGGGCAGUACGUUGGCGGCUGGGGAGGGUACGGCAGGCGAGGCGGAGGUAGGGGAAGGCGAGGCGCGGCUGCUACCGCUGUAGCGCGUUAGCUGUGCAUGGCCUUCACAUGGACUCGUAGUGUGAUUGUUUGGUGUGGUGUUCGACAGUAGGUUGAACGAGGUAUCGCUUGUGGUCUGCUUUGCCUGUUGGUCUUUCAUCCUGUUUGUUGUUCCUGACUGCUCGGCUGAGCCGUUUUCCUGAGACACAAACUUCUUGUAUCCACUUGAGUAGGAUGAGCACAGAGAAUACCCGCGUACUGCGAAUGAACACGGUAGCUGGUCGAGGUAUGUCGACGAUUACUGAGUAUGUACUGAGUAGAUGGCAUCAUGCAUAGCGAGGAUGUCUCAGACUGCCAAGUAUUGCGGGACUCAUCGAGCUUAUCGACGAAUCAUUCUACAUAUUCUUGACAUUAAUCACGACUGUCAAUG